AUGAGUACAAAGGAAUCAGAUGAAAACAAUGAUGUUUCGCUAGUUGAUGGAAGUACUAAAGAGGUGAAACCAACAACAACAACAUCAACAACAACGACGACAUCAACAUCAACAACAACAACAACAUCAACCAUUACUGCAAAACCACAAGUUAAUAAUAGCAAUAGUACUAGUAGUAAUGACGAUGAUGGUAGUAACUCUGUAUUCCUAUAUAAUGGUGUUUGGGCAUAUAAUUCAACCAAAGACAAUCAAUUAUAUCUAUUCGAUCAAACAAAGAAUGAAUGGAUUAAAAAUACAGAUAUAGUUCAAUCUAAUAAUAAGAAUGAAAAUAAUAGUAAUAAUAGUAAUAAGAAUAAUAAUAAUAAUAAAAGAGAUAAAAGUAAAAUAACAGGAAAGAAAUAUAAUAGAGAUAGAAAGAAUAAUAAGAAAGUUGAGAAUGGCGAUGAUCAUGAUGGUGAAGCAUCGAAACAAGAAGAAGAAAAGUUUGAUAUUGUAGAUUUGGUCGUUUCAAAUAUACCUCGCGAUCCAAGAUUACUUACGAUCAACGAUUUAUACCAGUAUUUCAGAAAGGCUGGAUUCAUACAGGAGAACGACCAUGGUACUCCGCUGAUAAAGUUUUUUAUGCUUGAAGAUGGUGGACGUUCCGGCGAGGCAGUGAUCUCCUUUGCCAGAAAAGAGUCACUCCCCCUGGCAAUUCAGCUAUACGACGAAACAGAGAUUGUACCUGGCUACACAAUAAAACUAUCGAUAGCAUCAGGCGAUCAAAUACAAUCACGAUCAAUAGUAUCAAGUGGUGAUUCAGUAAAUAAGAAAAAGAAAAAAUCAAAUGGUAGUGGUGGUGACAACAGUGGUGGUGGUGGUAAAAGUGGUGACAAACGAUCGGAUCUAAAAAAACAGAUGGACUAUGGAUGGGAGGAAUCAGAGAGUCGUGUCGUCGUGCUCAAGAAUCUGUUCGAUCCAGUGGAGUCUUGGACCAAUCCAAACUUCUACGAGGAGUUGAAAGAGGAUAUCGAAAUGGGUUGCCAGCGAUGCGGUGAGAUUCAAACGGUGACCGUGUUCGAGAGGAACCCGGAGGGUGUUGCCAUCGUAAAGUUCAAAGACUAUGAGAGUGCAGAGAAGUGUGUCGCUCUAAUGGAAGGACGUUUCUUUGCACAGCGUCAGCUUAAAGCAGAGUUGUACGAUGGAUUUACCGAUUACCACGUUGAGGAAACCGAAGAGGAGAAAGAACUCCGUAUAAAGGUUUGGGAGAAAUAUCUCGAAGAACAAGAUCUAAAAGAACAACAGCAAGAAAAAGAAGAACAAGAACGACAACAACAACAACAAGAACGAGAACAAGAAGAAUAA